AACCACAACAACACCAACUACUACAACGCCAACUACCACGACGCCAACUACCACGACGCCAACUACUACAACACCAACUACUACAACGCCAACCACAACACAACCAACUACGACGAUGCCAACUACCACGAUGCCAACAACGACGACAGAUCAAUGUGACUUAAGCUGUGAACACAGUGGUGUUUUAGACUCCGACGAAUGUGAGUGCACGUGCAGGCCUAACUUCUAUGGUGUCACCUGUGAGAAAAACUGUUUCAGAGAAGCAGUGUCUGCGGCACGUGAACGAAUCACAUAUCUCUGUGAAAGGAGUACCCUGUACACUGCUUGGUGCGCUAGAACAUGCAACGCUUGCACUGCAGGACGGCGGUGUAGAAAUCGUUACCGACGGUUCUGUCGGAUAUUCGGGCGAAGAAAUAUUAUCCAGGCAGUAGUAGGAUUCUGCAACGAUCGUGAUGGCGACGAUUGCCAGCGGCUUUGUCGACGAUUUACCUAAGACAUACGCUUUUCAGCCAUUCGUCGUAAAACUCGCAUUGUGCUCUUUAUGAAACAUCUUGGAGAAACAAGCGAAACAAAUAAUAAUAAAAAUAAUAAUAACAGCA